CUCUGCGGGGCUGUUCUGUUCGGUCUACAUAUUACAUCCAGUUGCUCCAGGAAUCGGACUCUUUUUUUUUGUUGUUGUUUUUGUUGCAGCUUCACCCCCACUGGCUAAAUCCAGUCGGAUAAUUAUCGAGCGCUACUUCAACUCUAGCCGGGGCGAACAGCUCUAGUCCGAGUGGAUCUUCCGCGUCAGCGACGUCGAGAUUUGUUUGUUUGUUUAACGGACAGCAGCAGGCAGCUCUCUGGUUGCGUCGGCGCUUCGCUUAAACUGUAGUGGUUUCUCUCUCUCUCUCUCUAUUUAUCACGCAGUGAUACAGAGUGACCGACGAAGGUGUAGCCGAGCUCCGAAGGGGAAACGCAAGGCUUUAUCAUCGGUUUUACAGGCGCUGGAUUGGCGCUUCCGCCGCGGAAAGCUCUCAGCAGCAGCAGCGAUGAAUCAUUUUAACUGACAGCAUUUUGAAGAAUUAGCCAUCUUAGCCAAAAGAGACGAGCCAGAACCCGACGCAGUGAAAUACCAGGUUUGGAGGGCAGGUAGAGCUACAGCUGGCAACACCACCGACUCCUUCCUUUUUUUUCCUCCCCCCCUCCCCUUUCCUCCCCAAAGGCUGCAAAGUGCAACACUUCCCGUUUGGCUUGAAGCUUGUUUUUGGUUGAAGGAAAAAAAAAAAAAAAGAGGGGGGGAUCCGCUAGCUGCUGUUAGCUCGUCAUCCUGCUAACCCUGGACAGCUCCCGUGGAAGGCAGAGCUAGCUUUUGGACAAAGGAGCGACGCAGCGGGGGGAUUUUCUAUAAACACUUGGGCACUCGGGGGUCGUGUUCUGGAGCGACAAACAAGGACCUGACAUGAUGUUUCCACAAUCAAGACACUCAGCCUCAUCGCAGCAGCUGAAAUUUACCACCUCUGACUCCUGUGACAGGAUCAAGGAUGAGUUCCAGUUCCUUCAAGCACAAUAUCACAGUUUGAAGCUUGAAUGUGACAAGCUAGCAAGUGAGAAGUCAGAGAUGCAGCGCCAUUAUAUUAUGUACUACGAGAUGUCCUAUGGGCUCAAUAUUGAGAUGCACAAACAGGCUGAAAUAGUGAAGAGACUGAACGGGAUCUGCGCACAAGUCCUCCCCUACCUGUCUCAGGAGCACCAGCAGCAGGUCCUGGCAGCCAUAGAGAGGGCCAAGCAGGUCACCCCUCCAGAGAUGAACUCCAUCAUCAGGCAGCAGCUCCAGGCUCACCAGCUGUCCCAGCUUCAGGGCCUGGCUCUGCCCAUGACCCCCCUGCCUCUGGGCCUGAGCCAGCCCACGCUCCCCGCCGUCACCACUUCCUCCGGCCUCUUCUCGCUGUCUUCUCUGCUGGCCUCCCAGGCCCAGCUGGCCAAGGAGGAGAAGGCUUCUCGUGACGGCGUAGACAGCCACCGCGAUGAGGACGGAGACAAGUCUGAUUAGCUUCUGUCCACGCGGCUCUUUUAUCACAGAGACAUGAAGUCCCAGGUGUGUCCCUGCAGCCCCUCCCCUGGUUUCUCCCUCUUUGACCUUUGACCUUACCCAACCUGGGGUCCCAUCUCUACAGCGCAGCUCCAGCUUUAGACCCCUAACCUCUCCCUUUCUGGGCAAAGCUUUGGCACUCACAAUUACAAUAACACAUAUUACAAUGAUAGUGGUAUUUUUCAUGAUUUAUUUUUUUUGGUUUAAGGUGCAUUUGUUUGUUCAAUUUAGACGUAGCCCCUCUUCUGAUUUUCCAUCUCUCUUUUUUUUUUUAUAUUUCAGUUUCUACAUUCCUCUUUUUUUUCC